AUGGUGGUGCAGAACGUGGACUACGACUCGUUGCUGGCCAAUUCGACCAUCAUGGAGUCGUUCAAGCUGGCGUGCGCUGAGGCAGUUGCAGCGCAAGCAGGCCAAGGCAUCGCGGCCAGCGAUGUGUAUGUGACAGUGUACGACGGCUCCGUGAUCGUCUCGGCCCUUGUCACAGUUCCGGAUACGAGUUCCGCGGCCACAGUAGCCGACAACUUGGGCUCAUUCGACUCUCUCGCCGACGCGGUGUUGCAGGCAGUGCAGGCCGUGCCUGGCAUCGUGACCGUCCAGACUGGUGCAAUCGGCGUCAUACAGACGACCACCACCACCGCGCUCGGCAGCACCACCCUGCCGCACAAAGAAGACGAAGAGGGGACCGUCAACGUCGCCAGCGUUGUGAUGUUUGGUCUGGGGGUCAUCUGUGUUGGUGGGGUGUGUGGCGUAGUCCUCGCGCGGGCUACCAGGAGAAAGGGCGAGGUUUCGGAGUUCUGCGAGGUCUUCGAUGUCGCUUCGCCCAAAAACACGCAGAGUGCCGUCACGCAGAAGCUCUUCAAACACGUUGUACAGGGGAAGGACCCAGAUCAGUUCAAAGAGGUUGUCGCGGUGCCAUCAUCGCCGCGACCGUCCGAAGUUCCUGGAGGCCCGCCCGAAGAGGAGCAGCCCCCUGGCAUGGCGCAGUGGGCCGGCUACCGCAGCGCCGUGACGCGCAGCCGCCGGUCGUCGCGCACGGGCACGUCGCUGGCCUUCGAGGACGCCGCGAUCGGGCACCUCGUCGCCCGCGCCGCUCGGAGCCCAGACGCCGCGGGCAGCCUUCGCAGCAGCCCGGGCACGACGGCAGCGCCUGCCCGUCCGCGGCCCUCCGCUGGGCCCCCUCUGCUCGGCCGCGCCUGGCCAGCACGGCGGCCGCCCAGGCGCCCAGCACGGCGGGCGCCUGGCCAGCACGGCGGCGGCCAGCACGGCGGCCGCCACGUGCCGACCGCCGCGCGGUCGUCCAGCUGGGCCUCUCAGCACGCGGCCUCCGGGCUCCUUCCUGCCCCCCUCGCUCGAGGACCCGGCCGAGCCCGAGCCGCCCGACCAUUGUGCGCGGCCCGAGCCCGCGGGGCCGCCGGUGUCGGCCACCCUGUCGUUCGGCGAGGCGGCGUCGAACCCUUUACGUUUAUGCCGUUUGUAAUCAUUCGAUCCGCGUCGUCCUCCGGGGGGGUGCGAUGA